AUGGCGGCGAGCGAACACCACGAUGAUCGAGGGGCCGACGACGACAAACAUGAUGAGAUUUCUGCACACCCCUCCGCCCUGCCUGCAGAGCCGGCCGAGGCAUUCCCGCCUAUGCCCAUAUUCAUUCCUGACAAUAGGGCACACGACGAGGGCAUCUUGAAUGCCAAGAACGAUAUUAGAGUGUCGCACAUACCUCUCCCUCCGUUGCCAAACGUGUCUGCGAGCGCACCCCCUACCUCGACCCUCCCUACCAUACCCGGCGGCCACUCCGACGAAGAACAGUCUUCCGAUGCCUCGUCCACGCAUAGCAAUCCUGAGAAGCACGACUCAUCCAACUCUUCGUCGACAUCCGAGCCUGCGACCACUGAAAAGAAGGAGGCCGAGCAAAAGGACGGCGUGGCACCAAAGUCGAGAGCCAGGGCCGGAUCGAGCUCCGCAUCUAUGAAAAAGAAUCAAAGCCAUGAUAAUGUUAGGAGAUUAUCUGCCGCAGGGAUACAGCAACUCACCGCCCCCGAAGCCCUCCCUGUCGCAAUCGUUCCCGACGACCAGGCGCUCGGAAGUCAAGACCAGCCGGUGCGCUUCCCCCUCGCGGACCAGCUCGAGGCGAUUCGGCAGUCGAUACUCAGUCAGCCCGACUCUCUGCGACCCAACGGCCCCGUGACGGAUGGCGGUAACAGGUCUCGAUAUCAGAACGAGUCAAGGCGGCCUGUCUCGGGCAGAACGCUCUCAACUCCUCCGACCAAUCGACGACAAUCACAGUCGCAAACCACGUCGCCCCGCCGAAAUUCCUUCUACGCCGUUGCUCGGCCACCACCUCUCAACCUUGAUGCGACCAGCCACUUCAACGCCAUAAACCCUCAACCACCAACCCAGAACAAACCGCCGCUACCACAAAUUCAAGUACCGCCGCCAUCAAAGUCACAACGAAAUGAUCCUUUCCCGCCGUCGCCCCUUCCCCCCUCGAUACCCCUCCCGCCCAUGUCUAUACCUACGCACCUCCAGUUGGAACUAGCCGCCCAACGACCGAGCCCUCUGUACAUACACCACUCGUACACGAAUGAUAUUCCAUAUGAGUCCUACGUCGUCAAGUGGGAAAGACUCAAAAAUGUUCUCCUGCUGCCGACGUUCCUAGAGAGAACGCUCUACUUUGGAGCGCUAGCCUGUCUCGAUGCCUGGCUCUACAAUUUUACGAUUCUACCCAUGAGGUUCACCAUUGCUCUUGGGGUAUUGUUCAGAUGGUGGGGUUAUAUGGCUAUCAAGGAGGCACGGUGGAUGGUUGGCUUCGUCUGGUACGGAAUGGGCAGAGUAUGGGCCAGAGCACGAAGGCCUAGAGCAAGGAGUGCUGUGCCCGCUCGAAAAGGAGAUCCCGAUCACCUUGCCAGCCGCGAUAGGAGUCAGAGCCGGCCGCCCGGACGGAGAUCAUCCACCCCAGCUACGGACAUGAGAUUUCCUGAUAACGUUCCUGCCAUUCAUCUCGACUCAGAUCCUAAGACGAACGGCAACGGGGUCGUUGAACAUGAAGUCAAGUUGAACGGGAAUGGGCAUAUCACUCAUAAGAUGAAUGGACCUUCCAGCCACCAUCAUCCGCACCCUUCGGGUGCUAGAGGUGCCGUCAUUCUUUUCAGCUCGCUUUUUCUCAUGAAAUUGGACGCCAGUCGAAUGUAUCACUUCAUUCGAGCCCAAGAUGGCAUCAAGCUUUAUGUCAUCUACAACGUCCUUGAGGUCGGGGACCGCCUUCUCUCAGCGCUUGGGCAAGAUAUCUUUGAGUGCCUUUUCAGCUCUGAAACGUUGUCUAGAAAUAGUUCUGGUCGAUCCAAGGUGCUCUUGCCGCUGGGGAUGUUCGGACUUGCCCUGGUAUACAACGUCAUUCACUCUGUCGCACUAUAUUACCAGGUCAUCACGCUCAACGUGGCUGUCAAUUCCUACUCAAAUGCGCUGCUGACCCUCAUGAUUUCCAACCAAUUCGUUGAGAUCAAGAGCACAGUGUUCAAGAGAUUCGAAAAAGACAACCUGUUCCAGCUGACCUGUGCGGACAUUGUGGAACGUUUUCAACUCUGGAUUAUGUUGUUCAUCAUCGGCAUGCGAAACAUUGUGGAAGUCGGUGGGCUCUCUGUCCCUGGAGCAGGGUCUGAAAACAGUGACCUAGGAGGAUCUGGUGCAAUGCCUCUCCACAGCCCAUCGAUUCUUCCGUUCAGCUUCACGAUUCUUCCAUCUUGGGUUUGGUCCGGGGAGGUGUUAUCUCCCUUCCUCAUUGUCAUAGGAAGUGAGAUGUUGGUCGAUACCAUCAAACACGCCUAUGUGAACAAGUUCAACAAUAUUAAGCCAACAUUCUACAGCCGUAUCCUUGACAUUUUGUGCAAGGACUACUACACUAACGCAUUUGUUUCGCCUUCGCUGACGAGACGGCUUGGUCUCGCUGUUAUCCCGCUGUCCUGCUUGUUCAUCCGGGCUUCUGUCCAAACGUAUCACAUGUUCCUCUCAACACGUAUAGCUGCGCCUAUCGCCGAGUCCACUCAGACAUCCCUAUCUGUCGAGUCCGCAACACCAUCGUCGCCCGCCAUGGUGGCAGCACUUGACCGUCUCGAUACAUUGCUUCGGGAUGCCUUAGGUCGGGCCGUCUACGGCUACCCCUACGGCGAGCCAAGUGUCCAGAGCAGGGCAUGGUGGACCUGGACUAGUGAUGACGUGAUUGCGGCGGUGACCAUGAUUGUCGUCUUCUUCAUCGCCUUUCUGGUUCUUCUGAUCAUUAAGCUCCUGCUAGGCAUGGUUCUGCUGCGAUACUCCCGGAACAGGUACGCCAAGAUGAAGCGUAAGGAGCACAUGGUGGCAACUGGGCAAGAGGAGCGCGAAGUUUAUGAUGCCAAGGGGAAGAGAGUUGGUGGUUAUGGUCAGAUCGAGGUCACGGAGGACCGGCGGAGAUGGAUUCACGCCGACGAAAAGGAGGGGCUGAAAGGCGGCAAGGGACGAAUUCAGAAACCAGAAAGGCCGCAAGAAGGCGACUAUAACGGAGUUCAUCGAUAUGAAAUGGUUGCGAAGAGGAUUUGGUGA